UGAAGUGGAACGUUGAAUAUAACGUGUCAUUGAUAAUCUGAUAUAUUAUAUAUAUAUAUGAGUUUUAGUAUUCGUAAUAAAUAAAAGCGGAUUCUGUAAGAUAUUAUUGAAUUAAUAAGUAUAAAAAAAUGGGACGUCUUGCAGAGCUGGUUGGUGAUCAAAUGUAUGGAGAAAAGUCUAGAACUUUCAUAUUUUCAGAAGAAGGCCAUACAUUGGGAAAUGCACUUCAAUUUAUAAUAUCUCAAUAUCCUGAUGUAGAAUUCUGUGGAUAUACUGUACCUCAUCCAGCAGAAACUAAGAUGCACUUCAGAAUACAAACUAAAAAAGGUCGAGCUACGGACGUAUUAAAACGUGGACUUCAAGAUUUGAAGAAAGUUUGUGAUCACACUUUGGAAACUUUCAAUGAAGCAUGUAAAGAAUACAGAAAUCCCUAAAAUUUAUCUAUAGAAAAUAUGUAAUAUCAUGUCUUAGCUUUUAUGCUUUUAAUUAUAAAUGUAGUUAUAAAUGUUUACUCUAAUUCCUAGUUUGUAACAACAUUUUAAUAUUCAUUUCGUUUUGAAACAAU